AGAAGGAGAAGACAGCCUUAAAAAGAUGCAGCUGAUGGAGCUUGCAAUUCUGAACGGCACCUACAGAGAUGCCAACAUCAAAUCACCAACAGCCCAGGCUCCAAGGAUUAUUACUGGGCCUGCGCCUGUUCUCCCACCAGCUGCCCUGCGUACUCCUACGCCAGCUGGCCCUACCAUAAUGCCUUUGAUCAGACAAAUACAAACCGCUGUCAUGCCAAACGGAACUCCUCAUCCCACUGCUGCAAUAGUUCCACCUGGACCCGAAGCUGGUUUAAUUUACACACCAUAUGAAUACCCCUACACGCUGGCACCAGCUACAUCAAUCCUUGAGUAUCCUAUUGAACCUAGUGGUGUAUUAGGUAUGGCUUUCCCAACGAAAGGCUAAGAAUUCAAGAACGGUCUUAACUGAUCCUUCAUCAGAUCUGAAUUUUAACAAAUGCUUAGUUUCAGCAGCCUUGAAAAAAGCUUGGCCUAGCAGUCAGUGACUUACUUGCACUUUUUUGCACAUAGAUUUAAAAUAAAAUAGUGCUAUUAAUUUGGGUUAGCUCCUAUUAUUACAGAAUAGCUGUAAUUUAUGAGUGUAUAGUAGUAUACUGACUGCUAAGUGUUCUAAAUAGUGUUUGCUUUACUAAUCACUUAAUUCAUUGCAGUUCAUACUUAUUGACUUAAAGUUUAAAAUCACAAUCUAUAGGCUUGAAGAAUUGCUUUAAAAUUUUUUUUUGUGGUAGAACUGGAAGUGAUCUUAAGGUUAGCAAAUAAUUGUCAGUAUUAAAAGAUGGCAUUAUUUAAAAUAGUCCUGCUGCAAGAAAGGCACUUCAGUGAAUAUGUGACUAGUAAAGCUUAAAUGUGCUUGGGUCUAAUAGAUUUCAUGAAAUACUGUAAUUUUGGGAUUGUAAAUGAAUGGAUUACACAGGUUAAGGCCAGGAUGUUUAAAAUGAAUGCAAUAUUAAUCUGCACAGAUAAACUACUUUUUAAGAUUGAGAUUUGAAACUACUGUGCCUUAACUUGUUGCUUUUCUUAAAAUGAACUUUUGUAGUUAAUGAUCAUUUAAAUCCAUUUUGAUAAACCUGCUGUUAAUGUUUUCUUUGAAUGUUUUCUAACUUUGUCUUGGUAAUUGCAAUUUAACUAGGUGCGGUGGCUACUAAAGUUCGAAGGCACGAUAUGCGUGUCCAUCCUUACCAAAGGAUUGUGACCGCAGACCGAGGUUAGUUUAGUUCUGCAGUUCUUGUUUGUAAGAAGCGUUUUGAGUGUACAUGAGAUUUGCAACACCACAGCUGGUUAACCAAAUGCCCUAUUUUGACCCGUUCAUUAUUUUUCUCAAAAAAUCUGAAUAGUUAAUAUUUUAAAGCUUUGGGAAUGCCUGUGGUUUUAAAAGCUUUCCCAGCUCAAUUAAAUAUAGACACUUUCUGAUGUAUUUAAUAUAAAUGCUGUAACCAAUUUCCUUUUAAAAAGUAUUUAAAGAUACAGAUGCAUCGGGAAACACUACGAAUUCAGUGCUGGAAUAAUUAAUUUGGCCAUGUUCCUCCCUUUCCUCCACAAUUUGUUCUUUUAAUUGGUGUGAAAAUAUCAGAUUGGUGUUGCAAAAUAAAAUGAAUGGAUGGUUGCUUAAUGAGAAAGAAGUAAAGGAAUAAAUGCCUCCUGUCUGUGUCUGGAGAAAUCUGAAGAUUUAGAUUCCUUUUUUUCCAAUAAACUUUUGAGCCAC